GUUUUGGGGAAACUUUGGGAAGGGUGUGUGUGGGCGGCCCUGCAGCUGCCUGGAGAACUUGUGGCUGUGCCUGGUUCCCCAGGGGCCCCUCCUGUUUCAAGCUGGAACCCCGCCCUGGAGCCUAGGUGUUGCUGUCCUGCAGCCACUGGCCCUUGGCACCGGCGCUUCACGGUGCAGCUCUGAGAGAGCUGGCAUUGUGAAACCGCCUGGACGUCAUGGAACUGAACUUAACCUGUUGGCGGCUGGAGGAAAGUUGACAUGGCCUUCGAGGCUGCACCCGCACCCUCCGGGAGCUUAAGCUUGGUCUGGAGUAGUUUCCAUAGGGUGCUGGGUUGCCCCCCCCCCCAACUGGGCUGCUUGGCAGGGCAGGGCCACCCACUCUCAAGGCAGAGGCGGGCUUGGCCGAAGGGCCUGGGAUGGUUGCUGCCUGGUGGUGGAGGGGUGGCUGCUUCUGGGGAGCUCGUCCUCGUGCGCACGGCUGCCUGUCACGCUGCAGCUGCUGCAGCUGGGUUCGGCGCCGGUGGCUGUGGUUCUCUGUUUCGGAGGGGAUAGAAGGGGGAAGGGCGAGGAGGGGAGGAGCAGCCGGAACCCUUGGAGCUCGGCCACCCCACUGCCUUCCAUCUCUCCUCCCCCUUUUAUUUUGCAUUAUUUCCUGUGGCGCGUUUGGCGCUAAAACUGUAAACUGCAGACCCUCUGAGCUAGCUACCGGCCCGGCUGGGAAGCUGCCCUCCCGAAAUGCAGGAGAGCACGUAGGGGGAUCCUGCCCCCCCCCAACCUGGGAGUUCACUACCCUGUAACCAUGUCAGCGGCUGAUGCCACGUUACAUAAUGGGUCCCUGAAGAAUUAAAGCGCAGGCUGUUGCAAUGCCACGCAACUUCAGAGUCAGGCCCUGGCCCCCGCUCUGGGACACAUCAGAACUCUCCGGGGUUAGUCCGAGGGGGCUUGGGGGGGGUGACUAGGGUUUGUGAAGAACCUGCUUCUGGCCCAGGAAUGGGCUGCAACUUUGGCAAACGCUAGAGAGGCAUCCCACUCUCCUGUGGAGGCCUGGGUAGUGCCCGGGAAGUCCGGGCCCCAGCUGCGGAUCACCCUUAGACUGGCCUGCAGGCAGGAGGUGGAUGGAGUGACCGGUGCCUCCGCCCCCGGGGUUUAUUCAUAAUUUGGAGGCGGUGCUUCGCCACGCUGCUUUGGCCCCGCCCACCUGCCCAGCUGGGAGGAGCCCAGCGUUCACCAGGUGGCUACAAACCUGGCCAGACUCUGGCCUUGGUGGCCCGCCCCCGCCCCCCGCCUCUAAUUGGCUCAUUUGCCGCUGUGUAAACAAGGGCGCAGCCCCUCCCCCUGUUUAGUGCCUGGCCUUUAAGAAAAAGAGUCCUCCCUUCUGCUGGAGGCACUCGUUAUCGGAAUCUUAAUGAGGUCAUUAGCAUCCCGCGCUUCUGACGGGAGGGAUGAGGUCGGCGCACACCUCGGUUGGGCGGGUUUGUCUUCCCUGGACCCCCGUGUCCACUCCGCGUCGCACAGAGCCACGGGCCCAAUGCUGUGGGCACGAGUGCCAGAGGUGCAGUCCUGGGCUUCUGCCUCCUGAGCACAGAGGGAACGGCAGGAGCAGCUGAUGGGAUAUCGGAAGAGAGGGCCAAAGCCCAAACCGCUGGUGGUGCAGGUGCCUACCUUUGCCCGUCGUUCCAAUGUCCUGACCGGACUCCAGGACUCCUCCACUGACAACCGUGCCAAGCUGGAUCUGGGCACACAGGGCAAGGGCCAGGGGCAUCAGUACGAGCUCAACAGCAAGAAGCACCACCAGUACCAGCCGCACAGCAAGGAGCGGGCAGGUAAGCCCCCGCCGCCGGGCAAGAGCGGCAAGUACUACUAUCAGCUCAACAGCAAGAAGCAUCACCCCUACCAGCCCGACCCCAAAAUGUACGACCUGCAGUACCAGGGCGGCCACAAGGAGGCGCCCAGCCCCACCUGCCCGGACCUGGGGGCCAAGACCCACCCUCCUGACAAGUGGGCGCAAGGCGCGGGGGCCAAGGGCUACCUGGGGGCGGUGAAGCCCCUGGCCAGCGCGGCGGGUGCUCCAGGCAAAGGCUCCGAGAAGGGCCCCCCCAACGGAAUGAUGCCGGCCCCCAAGGAGGCUGUGACGGGCAACGGGAUCGGGGGCAAGAUGAAGAUCGUCAAGAACAAGAACAAGAACGGGCGCAUAGUGAUCGUGAUGAGCAAAUACAUGGAGAACGGCAUGCAGGCGGUGAAGAUCAAGUCCGGCGAAGUGGCGGAGGGGGAGGCUCGCUCCCCUAGCCACAAGAAGCGGGCGGCCGACGAGCGCCACCCUCCUGUCGACAGGACUUUUAAAAAGGCUGCGGGCGCAGAGGAGAAGAAGGUGGAGGCACCGCCCAAGAGGAGGGAGGAGGAGGUGUCGGGGGCAAGCGACCCGCAGCCCCAGGAUGCCGGCUCCCGAAAGCUGUCCCCUACCAAGGAGGCCUUUGGAGAGCAGCCCCUGCAGCUCACCACCAAGCCCGACCUGCUGGCCUGGGACCCGGCCCGGAGCACGCACCCGCCCUCCCACCACGCGCACCCGCACCCCCAUCCCCACCACCAUCACCAUCACCACCACCACGCCGUCGGCCUGAACCUCUCCCACGUGCGCAAGCGCUGCCUCUCCGAGACCCAUGGCGAACGCGAGCCCUGCAAGAAGCGGCUGACGGCGCGCAGCAUCAGCACCCCCACCUGCCUGGGGGGCAGCCCGGCCGCCGAGCGCCCUGCCGACCUGCCACCAGCCGCCGCCCUCCCACAGCCCGAGGUCAUCCUACUGGACUCAGACCUGGAUGAGCCCAUAGACUUGCGCUGCGUCAAGACUCGCAGCGAGGCCGGGGAACCGCCCAACUCCCUCCAGGUGAAGCCCGAGGCGCCCGCGACAGCGGCGGUGGCGGCGGUGGCAGCAGCGCCUGCCACGGCGGCGGAGAAGCCUCCAGCCGAGGCCCAGGACGAACCAGCAGAGUCGCUGAGCGAGUUCAAGCCCUUCUUUGGGAAUAUAAUUAUCACCGACGUCACUGCGAACUGCCUCACCGUUACUUUCAAGGAGUAUGUGAUGGUGUAGCUGGAGGGCGCGGAAGGGGAAGCGUUAUUCCCUCCGGGUGGGGGCUGAGCACCUGGGGCCCCAGGGCGCGCUCCCCUCUCGCCAAACUCGAGAGAUCCGGGCUGGCCCCCAGGGCGAGAACACGAGGUAACCACGUACCCCGCCCCCCGCGGCGGCUGUCAGACCUGGGCGGAGGCCCCUUCCACCUGGUGCCGGCAGGGCUCGCCCUCUCCUGCCCUUCCCCGCUGGAGACGGACCCCAGGACGGACAGGGCAGCCCUGUGCCGAGGUCUCAGAGUUCUAGUAUUAUAUUUUAACUGUGCUAACUUGUCAAGUGCUGACUCUGCUCCCGUUUGUACGUGGUGUUAUUAUUGAGAUGUAUUGUUUGAGCUCAGAAGGCCCGACCACCCUCUCCGGGCUGCUCUCUCUAUAUUUAUUUGUAGGUAUUUAUAUAUUGAAAUAUAAAAACCUAGAUUUAUGGAGUUUCCUCUAGAUCAUGUUAUAUUCUAUAUCAGACAAACUAUUUUCUUUUGACUUUUCUUCCCCUCCAUCCAGUAUUUCGGUUGAUUUCAUUUUCUCCCCUCUCCUCCCUUCCAGGAACUGCAAUACCAGUAACGUUGGUAUAUAUUUUUUGAUACUGUACACAUGGAUGUGUUGUUUCUAUGUGCAAAAAAAAAAAAAAAAAAAGUUUGUUAAAAGGCUACUCGAGCUCUCUAGAAACUGCUGCUACUAGAAAUGUCUAAACUAUAAGCUUCCAACUAUUACCUGCUUGAAUGUAAAUAUUAAAUGGAGAUGUUGAAGGUG